GUGCUCUAUUAAGUGAAAUCAAAAAUAUUAACAAUGAGUCUGUUACAGUUUAAUUGGUAAUAAUGGUGUUCUAAUUGAGUAUUUUUUUCGUAUCUUCCUUAUCCACACAGUUUUGAUAUCAUCACAAAUGGAAGCUCUUGAAAAACUAUAAAGCUCAAAAUUGUAAAGAAAACAAUGAUGGAUACGAAUGUCACGAUAGACGAUGAUCUUUCAUGCCUUAAUGGUUCUCUCAUAUUGAAUGACACUAGGAACAACUAUACAUUACCACUUGGUAUGGUCUGCAUUUUAGAACCAGAACCAGAAGAUUACUUAUCCUCUAGCAUCUUCCAAACUUGCGUCUAUAUAAUGUAUGGAGUUGUCUUUAUUGUUGCAUUGCUAGGCAAUGGACUGGUGUGUUGUGUUGUGCAAUCUUCUCCUCGCAUGAAAACUGUAACAAACUAUUUUAUAUUAAACCUAGCUGUGGGUGAUAUACUGAUGACAUUAUUUUGUGUGCCAUUUUCUUUCGUUUCGAUGCUCAUUUUACGAUAUUGGCCAUUUGGUGGAGUGAUGUGUAAGGUUGUUAAUUAUUCUCAAGCUGUAUCAGUGUUGGUUAGUGCCUACACGCUGCUCGCUAUAUCGAUUGAUAGAUAUUUUGUGAUUACUCGUCCUCUUCGACCUCGGUUAGGAAAGACCGCAGCUAAGCUUGUUAUGAGUGCAGUCUGGUUAGGUGCCCUCGCGACUGCGGCGCCGAUACUGGUUGUCUCUCAAUUACAAAAACCUUCAUUAUGGCAUCAAGUCUGCGAACUUGAUAUAUGUAGCGAGAAAUGGGAGGAUGUGAAGCAAAGCGAGCAGUAUACUAGUGCAUUGCUGAUCUUGCAAUUCGCGUUACCUCUCAUGGCCUUAGUGUGUACAUACGGUCGAAUUGCUUGUGUGGUAUGGGGAGUUAAGCCUCCAGGAGAAGCUGAAAGUGUCAGGGAUUCAAGAAUGCAGCACUCCAAGCUGAAGAUGGUUAAAAUGAUGAUAACAGUGGUCGCAGUUUUUACAGUAUGUUGGUUGCCACUUAACAUUUUUCUAAUGCUGUGGUCGGCACAUGAAAAUGACGAAGAAUGGGGCAAAUGGCCAGGAAUGCCACUGGUAUGGUUCGUCAGCCAUUGGUUAGCCAUGUCUCAUUCCUGUUACAACCCCAUCAUAUAUGGCUAUAUGAACGUGAGAUACCGCAACGGUUUUAGACAGGUGCUGGAGAGAAUUCUGAAAUAUAAUCAAAAUGAGAGGAGUCGCUCCUGCCCUCGUACCAGUAUUUGCGAAGGGAUACCGCUGUCUGAAAUGGUAGCAAUAAAUGGCUCCAUGAGACACAGGAGUAUUAGUAGAUGCAAAUGCAAGAUACGAAGUCCGUUUAUGAGUACGGAAGAAAGGAAAUGCUCUUGUUCAUCAAUAUUUCAAUACAAAACUUCUACAGCUUCAAAACUGACGCCUCCAGCUCAAGCGCUGUCUGUUCUAUCCCAUUAAACCUGAUGUAGUAAUAAUUACAUUCCUGUCCAAAAUUAUAUUUGAUUAAUACAACAAUAGGUAUUAUAUAUUGCAAAAUGUUAAAAUUAAAAUAUAUUUGUAUAAACGGAAGAAGACUUCACUUCAUUGAUUAAUUAGAAAAUUUAUCAUAAAGGAUUCGAGGAAUUUUAUUUCUUCCUUCACCUUGAUAAGUUAUUAUUUUAUGAGUAAUUUCUAGGAAUAUUCAAUACUGGGCUAUUAAUUAUUCCUUCUGUUCAUUUCUUGGUUAUAAAUGUAUUACUUGUAUAUUUUAAACUGUAACUCAUAUGUAUAAAGUAACAGUUUUGAAUUUGUAAAUACAUAUUAAUAAUUAAAUGUGUAAGGAAAUUGGAA